AUGGGUGACAAAACGGGUCAGCAGCGAAUCGCCGGCGGUGUCCGGGCACUUCCCGGUGAGUUCCCGUGGAUGGUGUCGUUGCAACGGAUGCUGUUGACGCGUGGCAACCACGUGUGUGGUGGAACGAUCCUGAGCAAUUUCCACGUUCUCACGGCGGGAGAAUGCUUCUGGUUCUACGAAAACAGCCGCUACCGGGUGCAGGCCGGUAAGGUGGUGCUCAACAGUUUCGAGGCCACCGAGCAGACCAUGAAUGUGCUCCGGUUCACGUUGCACCCGCUGUACGAUGGCAGUGCCAGUCCGUACAAUCUGGCCGUCGUCCGGACGGCCUCACCUUUCGGUUAUACUCUCUUCAUUUCUCCGAUCACCCUCCCGUCGAUCGACUCCAUUCCGGAAGGAGUGGUGGCCAUAUCCGGUUGGGGACAGACCGCUUCCGGGCCGUUUCAGAGCAUAUCGAACGAGCUGCAGAUGUUCCACGUGCCCAUCAUGCCGAACAACGUGUGCCAGAUAACGGUUGGCGGAUCGAUCGGAAGUGGGCCGGUGACGGAUCGAAACGUUUGUCUGGGUCCGGGCACCGGUGGUAUCGGAACGUGUGGCGGCGACGCCGGCGGUGCGGCCGUUCAACGGAUCCUCGGACAGGACGUGAUCGUGGGCAUCAUCUCCUGGCCGGUGUCGACCUGUGGCCAGGACGGUUUCCCAUCGAUCACCACGCGCGUGUCGGCGUUCGUCGAGUGGAUCAAUCUUAAUUCUCAGAUAUAG